UUUUCUAGUCAAAAAUCAGCUGUUUGCUUACUUGGAGCCCAGUUUUUUAAAAUUACAUAUUUUUAAUGCGCUGUGCUGUGAAAAAUUGCGGAAAUAAUAAUCGUAAUUCCAAUAGAAGGAAAUGGCGAUUCUUUCACUUCCCCAGAGAGGAGACUCACCUCCAGAAAUGGAUGGAUUUCUGCCAGCGGGAUAGUAUUAACCCCGCCACAGCCUGCAUUUGCAACGAGCACUUUGCACCCGGUGAUUUUGAGAGGAAUAUGCAGUACGAACUUGGGUUUUCCCGGAAAAAUCCAACUAAACUCAAGCCCGGCUCGCUACCAAGUCUCAACAGACCUCAAAAGUUGGCCAAAGAUAAGGCUGAAAGAACGAAGAAGGAUUCUAAAAAUGUAUCUAUAGCAAAAUCUGGGAAGAUUGCCCAUACCGAUUCCGAAUCCUUCCAGGAGGAGCCGCAAUCUCCACAUUCCCAUGAGACCAUAGAAAUCCAACUCUGUAACUUUACCACAGAUUUUGUGGACUUGGAUGAAAGUUCAUCCAGCGAUUACAAUGAAGUUGUGGAGCUGAUAAGUACGCCUCAAAGGAGUCCGUCCUCCCAACCAUCUAAAAAUGCCGACACCUCUCAGCAUCACAGGCACUUGGAAGUCGAAAUUCUUGAUCCGUUGAACCCGCAGUCGAAUGCCAAGGACCAUGUGGAGAUAAUCGAUUCAGACGGCGACAAUUACGUAAAGCACUUGGAGCAUGAAGUGAGUUCUCUAAAACGUGAGGUGUUUUUUCUCAAAAGCGAACGCAAAAAGUUGAUGGUUGAAAUACAAAAUCUCAAGGCCCUUAUUCCAAGAUAAGAGCCUAAAAGAUUCAAAAUAUUUAUUCAAUGUAGCAAGGUUAGGUUCAAUCUUGAACUUAAUAUUUGACUGACUAGUUAUUACAAUAGAAGUGAAGUUAUUUUAGAUAUCGGGUAAAAUAAUAUACAAUUAUUUUUAAUGAAUCUUUUUAAUCAUUAUUACUAUAAGUUAUAAAUGAAAUUGUAUAAAUAUCCAGUUUUAAUUUUUAAAAAUA